GCUCCAUGUAUGAUGGGCUGGCUGACAAUUACAACAACUAUGGCACCACGAGCAGAAGCAGCUACUUCUCCAAGUUCCAGGCAGGCAAUGGCUCAUGGGGAUAUCCGAUCUACAAUGGGACCCUCAAGCGGGAGCCCGACAACAGGCGCUUCAGCUCCUACAGUCAGAUGGAGAACUGGAGCCGGCACUAUCCCCGAGGAAGCUGUGCCACUACUGGUGCUGCCGGCAGUGACAUCUGCUUCAUGCAGAAAAUCAAGGCAAGCCGCAGUGAGCCUGACCUCUACUGUGACCCAAGAGGCACACUGCGCAAGGGCACCCUGGGCAGCAAGGGCCACAAGACCACCCAGAACCGGUACAGUUUUUACAGCACGUGCAGUGGCCAGAAGGCUGUCAAGAAGUGUCCCGUGCGGCCGCCCUCCUGCACCUCCAAGCAAGACCCGGUGUAUGUACCACCUAUCUCCUGCAACAAAGACCUGUCCUUUGGCCACUCAAGGGCCAGUUCCAAGAUCUGCAGUGAGGACAUUGAGUGUAGUGGGCUGACCAUCCCCAAGGCUGUGCAGUACCUGUGCUCCCAGGAUGAGAAGUACCAGGCCAUCGGGGCCUAUUACAUCCAGCACACCUGCUUCCAGGAUGAGUCGGCCAAGCAACAGGUCUAUCAGCUGGGGGGCAUCUGCAAGCUGGUGGACCUUCUCCGUAGCCCCAAUCAGAAUGUCCAGCAGGCUGCUGCCGGGGCCCUGCGCAACCUGGUAUUCAGGAGCACCACCAAUAAGCUGGAGACCAGGAGGCAGAACGGGAUCCGUGAGGCUGUUAGCCUCCUGAGGAGAAGCGGGAGCACGGAGAUCCAGAAACAGUUGACUGGGCUACUCUGGAAUCUGUCUUCCACGGACGAGCUGAAGGAGGAGUUGGUGGCCGAUGCCCUGCCCGUUCUGACUGACCGGGUCAUCAUUCCUUUCUCUGGCUGGUGUGAUGGUAACAGCAACAUGUCCCGGGAAGUAGUGGACCCCGAGGUCUUCUUCAAUGCCACAGGCUGCUUGAG